AACGCCAUAUGGAAGGGCACUAAAUAUACGGCCGACGCCGAGGACGAGAAAGUGGUGACUGAGUUGAGCGGAAAGGGAGGAGAUAUUAAGUACCAGUCCAUUAAGGAUUUGUCUGAAAGCUCGUCACAAUCGCAACAGAAGUCGACACCAAAUGCGCCCCAAAAUAAUAGACUACUGAAAGUGAUUGGGAAAGGGUUUUGGUUUUACUUUUUGAUACCAAGUAUAUUGAAACUGGUGGCCGAUGUCGUACAACUGGCCAACCCUAUGAUCAUGAAAUUAUUGAUUAGUUUCACAACGGAUGCCGACGAGCCCUCAUGGCACGGGUAUAUGUACGCCAUACUACUUAUAUUCACAAACAUUUUCCAGAGUCUUAUCAAUGGAUAUCAGGCACAGCGUAUGUCUGUGUUGGGUAUGAGGAUCAGGACGUGUUUAGUAUCGGCCGUCUAUAGGAAGUCAUUGGUUCUGAGCAAUCACUCCAAGAAAGACACGACUUCUGGAGAGAUAGUCAAUCUCAUGGCUGUUGACUCCCAGAGAUUUGUCGAUAUGUUGCCGUAUUUAAGUUUCUUAUGGACAGCGCCCGUACAGAUAGCCAUCUCCUUAUAUCUGCUUUACAAUGAGAUGGGUUUGGCCACACUGGGAGGACUGGUAGUCAUGUUGCUUCUCAUUCCUGUCAACGGAUGGGUUUCGACUAAGAUUAGGACAAUUCAAUCGAAACAAAUGAAACUCAAAGACCAAAGGCUGUACGGAUGGGAGGAGGCGUUUGUGAAGAAUGUUUUGGACAUUCGUAAGCGUGAGCUGAGACUCAUCUGGAAGAGUGGGCUCAUCAGUGGCGUGACUGUCGUGUUGGCCGGGACUACACCACUGCUCGUGGCUUUGAUUACGUUUGGACUAUACAUAGGAUUGGAUUCAGACAACAAACUCGACGCCCAAAAGGCUUUCGUGUCGAUAGCCCUCUUCAAUCUGUUGAGAAUACCACUUACUAUCGUGCCCAACAUGGUUACCAGUUUGAUCAUGACAUUAGUUUCCGUAAAACGAUUGAAUAAAUUCCUGAACUUCUCUGAACUCUCGGGUUAUGUCACAAGACAUACGGAUCAGAAAGAGGUGGUAAAGAUAGAGAACGGGUCGUUCACUUGGGAUUCAGUAGAGGAGGUGCAGUCGGGAAUGAAGCCAACUCUCGAGAAGAUAAAUAUGCGAGUAAUGAAAGGCAAGUUCGUGGCAGUGGUCGGGAAUGUGGGCUCCGGUAAGAGUUCCCUUCUGUCGGCCCUAUUGGGAGAUAUGGAGAUAUGCGGCGGAAUGGUCGGGAAUGUGGGCUCCGGUAAGAGUUCCCUUCUGUCGGCCCUAUUGGGAGAUAUGGAGAUAUGUGGCGGGAGUGUGAACAUCAACGGCGACGCACAGGUAGCUUAUGUGCCACAACAGGCGUGGAUACAAAACGCUACUCUAAAGGACAACAUACUGUUUGGACAGCCGUUUGACUCCCGGAAGUACAGGAAAGUGAUCAAAGCCUGUGCCCUGAAGUCGGAUCUGUUGACUCUCGCGGGCGGAGACGAGACAGAGAUCGGAGAGAAAGGCAUUAAUUUAAGCGGCGGUCAGAAGCAGAGGGUGUCGUUAGCGCGGGCUGUCUAUAGUGAGGCCGACCUCUACCUCUUUGACGACCCCCUGUCCGCAGUGGACAGUCAUGUGGGGAAACAACUGUUGGAUGAGGUGUUGAGUUCUCGGACCGGUUUACUCCACAAUAAGACCCGAAUUCUGGUGACAAACAGUCUUUUCGUUCUUCCGGACGUCGACUAUAUUAUUGUCUUAAAGAACGGAAAGAUCACUGAUUUUGGGACUUAUGAUGAACUCAUGGCUCUUAAGGGAGACUUCGCUGAACUCAUCACUCAAUACACCACUAAUGAAGUCACUGACAACGACUCAGACAGCAAUCACUCGUCGGAAGUGGCGGUCAGACAUCGGGCGUCGACCACUGAAAUACCGGCAAAUAAUGAGGAAACUAAUGAUAAGUCUAAACUCGUCGAAACGGAAACUAUGGGAACGGGAAGCGUUAAGUUUGAGGUAUAUAAGAAGUACGCGAUGGCAAUGUCCAUGUUUUGGACCAUAAGUAUGUUGAUUGGGUUUUGCGGUCAAAACGGAUUCAACAGUGGCUCCAGUUUUUGGUUAACCAAUUGGACGGAAGACCCGGAUGGCACUGCUAAGACUGGCUACUAUUUGGGAAUAUACGCUGUCAUAGGACUCUUGCAAACUGUAUUUGUAUGGUAUUCGUGGUACUCCAUAGUCUUGGGAUCCCUCCGGGCUUCCCGUAAUCUGGUGGUGUUUGACGACAGUUUGUAUUAG